AUGGAAGCCCUAACAGAGAAUGCCCAGCAAGGGAGUCCCCUGUUUGCGAUGCUCCCGGCUGAGAUCAGAGGUUAUAUCUUUGAGCUUUGCCUAACCUCCCAAGACGACGGGUCAAAGCCAUAUAGGGCGGAUCGAAUCUUCUACAGGCCAGGCUACCACUACUACCAAGCAAUCAACUGCGACUUGCUGCGGACCUGCCGACGAAUCUAUCGCGAAACCCGGCUGCUGCCUGUUUCCGUCCAUGAGCACAUAUUCUGGCUCUUCAACGGUCCCUGGAAAUCAAUUGGGCGCCUCAACCGAAACACUGCUAGGUGGGCAGCUUGGUAUCGGUCCUUAACCAAGGAUCAAAGAAAUGCCGUACAGGUCGUGCACAUCUUUGUCCAACAGUGCUACCUGGAGAGUCUGGGGACCUUUGCGGAUCUUGAUCCGUUGUGUUUCCAAACGAGAAAGCUACACUUGACAAUUCGACACUCCGACUGGUGGUCCUGGGAAUCGCCCGCUGAGUCAAAUGAUCGUCUGGGCAUCUGUCCCUGGCGUGUGGCCCGAACUUCUUGUCAGCAAAUGCUUGCUGAGCCACCACGACCGAGUGUCAGCUACAUCAAAGAGCGUAUGUCACCCCAAACGUGGGGUGGUCAGAUAUGCCAAGUCCCAGGGCUUCAAAUGCUCGAGAUGGAGUUCGAGACAGACGAGGUCAAAAGGGCGCAACUUGAACUCGUCGUUCAACGAGCCAAAUCUUGGGUUUUCCCAUUGUGUAACCAGAACGUAGUUCUCGCAUGGACUGGGCAACUAAAAGAAUCCUCCUGGGAGGGUCUUCGGGAGCUCAAAGACGACUAUCAGGUGUUGAGGGAGCAGCCAGUCGGGGACAAUUUGCCUAGGCGCAAGUAUUAUGUGGUCAGCAUGUUGUGGAGAGCUUCAGCAAUAGCAUGA